AUUUAAUUAAGUUGACAGCUGCGAAAAAGAGUAGAGACCGGUGAGAAGACUCACGACGGGGAGCUUUGCACAAAUACCUGGAGUUCGUAUAAGACAGCGUUGUGAAGUUGAGCUCACUCCGUCGCUAGCUUCAUUUGCGAUUCGCCGGUUGUUUGACCGUACGCACAACUAGUUGAAGACUAGCAAAUCCACUCAACGACUCUAUCGCUUACAGAUAAGGUCAACAGAGGCGGGCCACCAGCGAAAGUCGGCUUUGUCACUACGUAUCUUUGUGUUGAGGCUGUCACGUUUCUGAUUGAUAGCUGAAUUGGCUCAUUUGGGUUUUUAUUCCGCUGGGCAAAACCGGGUCGCUUGAGUGAGCCGAGAAUCAGUCAGUGCUCAACGAUGGCGGUGUAGAGCGAAUCGACCAAAUACAGCGAUAGCUUGCUGGCAGCAAUGCUAACAGACAAUCCUUUGAGAGAUUGUGAUGGUUAGCAACACCGGGACAAUUUUAGCGUGCGAAUUUUUGCUGUUACUAAUAUGCGUAGACUUCAUACAAGUGACUAUAGCAUUCCCAGCACUAGCAGAACAAGGGGGAUCGAAGAAAUCGAACUCGAGUUGUCAAGUACAACCGAAAUGCACGGAUCCUUACGUUCAACGCGAAGCCGACACUGCGUUCAAACUGUGCGCUUCGCUCAAACUCUACAAACUGUGUUUGGAUCGGAUAAGGAAGCAGUGUCGAGGUAGCGGCGGUAUUUAUUAUAACACUGUACGGACGCUCGUGCCAGUACUCAUGCGAAAUCACAAAUGUGACAACGUUACUCUUCCUGAAAAGGAAAAAGGACUUUUAAAUAUUUUUAAGAAAAGACAAAUGCAGGGGAAUAUCCCUCCUAAGCCUACAGUCAAGCCAAAAUGUACCAGAACCAAGAGGUUGUAUUCGAAAUCCGAAGAGAAGAAGUACUGCGGUUUAUUUGGCGACCCGCAUUUGAGGACGUUUGAAGAUGCCAAACAAACAUGUGUCGUAGAAGGAGCUUGGCCUCUCGUGGAGAAUCACUUCUUGAUCGUACAAGUGACCAACGUCCCCUUGGUGGACGGGUCGAGCGCUACAGCCACGAACAAGAUCACCGUGAUUAUCCAAGAGAAUAAGGAUUCUUGUGUGCAGCAGAAAAUUUACAAAGCAAAAUCCGGUGCGCUGCCUGCAGCGUUUGACGAUGGUACCUCCACAACAGGCACCUCGGAAUGUUCUGUUCGAAUUCUAGAAGUUGAAAAGAACUCGCUUAUUCACAUACGGCUCUGUCACAUUGGCACGGAUAUAUAUGUGCGGCAAGUAUCCCAAUACUUGACAUUUCAUAUACGUAUGCCGCACGCGCUAACCUCAGAGGAUUUUAGCAUGGGCUUGUGCGUUAACGGCUGCCCUAAACAGCAAAUUAUAGACUACAGGGAACUGUUAUCGUUUACGGAGAGACGCCUCGCUAAGGUUCUACCAAGGAAGAAAAUCACUAGGAGAGAAGCUAAGAAGAAGUGUCAAGACUCGAAUGUGACGGGAUUUUAUUUGGAUUCUUGUAUGUUCGAUUUAUUAACGACUGGAGACUCGAAUUUUACACUCGCAGCAAAGUCAGCUUUAGAUGACGCGUUCGUCAUGGAUCCGGUUGGAACUGUGAAAGAUCUACGGAAUUACAAUGUUACGAUCCCAAAAGAUGCCAGUGAAACAGAAACAAAACAGAAACACAGUAGCGCCUCGAGCCCAAGUUUCUGUCUUGUGUCACACUGCCUAAUUGCUAGCUUGUGGUUUGUGUUGCUACACAGAUUUAUCUAGAUAACGUAUUCUCCGUCAUCCAUUCACUAUUUCCACUAACGAUGUCUUUAUUCACACACACACAUUUCUAGCGUUCGCUGGUUCGAUUUGUUACAUAUCGCAAGAAUAACUUAGAAUAAGUGAAUUUAUUUUAUGAUUGCGAACUCAACGCUGAGCACGCGUCCAGACGUUGUUCACUUGUAAAUACAUUUGAAGAGGGAAAAAACGUCUCUUUUAAACGAUGUACAGUUUAUAAUUGAACCGAGACAUAUAUUUCUACUUAAAUAUUUUCAACAAAAAAUAUGGACAGGUAAUAAUUGCAAAGGGGGGAAGAAACAAGCCAUUUGUUCGGUCAAAUAUGACUUUAAGGUUUCCAAGUGAAUUAAUUUAUGACAUGUUAAUAUUAUAAAACUCUCGGCUGCGCCGAAGAGAUGUGGAUGCACUAACACUGAAUAAAUGAUCUGUUCCGCUA